AUGUGUUCCGGCAAGAGAGUGUGGAAGCCACAGGGAACAGCGGUGAUCGAAAUCGACAUUUCAUCACUGGAGCAGGAAAUCAUCGACGAGCUUUUCCGUAGCGUAACCUACAUAAAAAUGUGCAUCAUCCUUCGACAAUCACAAAUUCAGUACCUACGUAUGCCAAAUUUGAUUCAAUUGUACUCAUGCGAGCCAGGUCGACCAGCAUUCACCAUAGAAGGAAAUAUGCAACUUGAAGUAAUCGAAGUGUCACCAAUGUUUGAAUGGCAGAUCAGUUAUGAGCCCUUCACGAUUAUAUACAAUCCAGCGUUACGACAAUAUCCUCCGUUGCAACAAUGCAAGUACUGCGUGUAUGAGCACAAUACAAGUAAGUCUUUUUUCGGAAAUGAAUGUUGUUGA